AGGUGAGGAUUCAAAUGGCAUCGUGGUUAGAAUCUUUGUUCUCUCCAGUUAAGUAUUGGGUUAAUUCUUCUCAACGACUUCAAACAUUCGUUUAAGGAGGAUAAGAUAGAACAUCCAAAGCCUGCAACUUCUAUUUGGUAAAUCUGUCAUUCUCUUUCUGCUUCUAUAAACCUAAUAAUGAUAAAUCAAAGUGGAACUUGCUUGUUACUUGCUUUCUCAAAGUUAAUGGUGCACAGAUGUAUAAUGGACCAAUAUUGUGAAAAUUGGUGAUUAAUGUACUUGUUUGCUAAAAUUCGGCAAAAACAUUAAUAUUGUUUCGAACUCUUUAUUGUUUCAAGUGUUCAUUCUUUGUCCUUUUCGAAGACGAGCAUAAUUUAUAUUGAAGUUUCGAACUUUGUACUUUUCUACAUGUUUACUCUCUGCCAGGAUAUAUUUUGAGCAAUUAUGUGAAGGGUAUUAAAGCUGAUGAAAAAGAAACAAAAGACUCAUUGAUGGAGGAAUUUAGAACUAAAUUAUUAAGAAAUCCUGAAGAAAUCGAGAAGAUCAUCGGGUACAAUUUCAAUAAUCGUUGCUUAUUGCUUCAAGCCUUUACACAUAUUUCGUACCACCAGGGCUGCAUGUCAUAUGAACGGCUUGAGUAUGUGGGUGACUCUGUACUUAAUCUUUUAAUCACAAAAGAGCAGUUUUCCAUGUAUCCAAAUCUUCCUCCAGGGCUGUUGACACCUCUUCGUGCAGCAAAUGUUGACACAGAAAAACUUGCGCGUGCAGCCGUCCAGCAUAACUUUCAUAAAUACAUUCGUCAUGGGCAGCCUGUCCUUAGGAAACGAAUUCAGACAUUUAUAGAUGUUCUUCCUGAACAUCCUUUACAUUCCCAUGGUUUGAUCGAUGCUCCAAAGGUUCUUGCUGAUGUUGUUGAAUCCACUUUAGGAGCUGUGUUCAUUGACAGCGAUUGCUCAAUUGAUACAACAUGGAAGGUAGCUAAUGUUCUACUGAAGCCCAUAAUCACUCCCGAUAUGCUACAAGCAAAUCCUGUGAAGAAGCUGUAUGAGAUAUGUCAGAAGAAGAAGCUAAGUGUUCGACUAGUGGAUCUGUGGAGGCGAGAAGGAACUUACGAAGUUUUCAUCAAUAACCAACUUAGGGGUACAGGUAAGUGCCGUGAAAAGAAGGAAAUAGCGUUAAACCGAGCAGCAAAUAAUGCUUAUAAUGAGCUUGUAAGAACAAUAGGUCUAAAAGAAAUCACUGCUAGUGAAUAAAAAUCUUUGGAAGCAUGACUACUAUUUGUAUUAGUGGCAUAUAUGCUAAUUCUUGAAGAAACUUCUUCCCUCCAAUUUGUAGUGAAUGUGGACGCUGAUAUUGAGUAUAAAUUGUAUCUAGAUUUCCAUU